UGCCAAAUGAAUGCAAAUAUUACUUAUUAGUCUGCAAUAUUAAGUUAGAGGUAAGCCCGGGCAUGCGGUGCGUCGGGCCAGAAUAAACCGGGGAAUUCUGGAAAUCAAUCCCUUGUUCUCUCUCUCUGUCCCUCUCUGGGAGUGCUGUAAUGGCCGCGAAGACCUUCGCAGGCGUCCCUUGCUUGAGAUUUUGCCCGGGAGAUCGCCGACUUUCUAGAUCCCAAAUCGAUGGUGGCUGGUGGAAUCACAGGAAGAACAUUUGCCCCCUGAUAUCUGCAUCUUCUUCCUCGUCGGAGCCAUCCAUUCGAAUAGCGGCGGAAAAGUUUCGUUCCGACUCCAAGGUUGAGACUUUAUUGGACAGUGUGAAAUGGGAUGACAAAGGGCUGGCAGUGGCCAUCGCCCAGAACGUGGACACUGGAGCCAUUUUGAUGCAAGGUUUUGCCAACAGGGAAGCCCUUGCAACAACCAUUUCAUCUCAGAAGGCCACUUUCUAUAGCCGGUCGCGAUCAUCUUUGUGGACCAAGGGGGAGACUUCCAUGAAUUUCAUCAAUGUGCAUGACAUUUUUCUUGACUGUGAUCGUGAUUCCAUAAUAUAUCUCGGGAAGCCUGAAGGGCCAACUUGCCAUACAGGGGCUGAAACGUGCUACUAUUCAUCUGUUUAUGAUCUUUUGGAAGGUCCAAAGCCCAAUCAUGAUCGGCUGGCAUCCACAAGUUUAUACUCGCUCGAGGCUACAAUUUCACAACGUAAGGAUGACAUAGAAGCAGAGCAAAAUGGGAAGCCAUCAUGGACAAAGAAGCUACUGCUUGACAAAGAGUUACUUUGCUCCAAAAUUCGGGAAGAAGCAGGAGAACUUAUCCAGACCCUUUUGGAGAAUGAGGACAGUUCUCGUACGGCCUCGGAGAUGGCAGAUUUGCUUUACCAUGCGAUGGUGCUGCUCAAACUGAAGGAUGUGAAAAUGGAAGAGGUUCUUGGAGUCCUAAGAAAGAGAUUUUCAGAGUCUGGAAUUGAGGAAAAGAACCGCCGGAGGAGACCCGACAACCGAUGCUGAACAAUUGGAUUGCCUGGUCCAAUGAAACAUAUUGUACCCAUGGGAUCUAUAUGCUUUGACAUGAUUCUUCUGGCUGUUUUUUACUUUUAGCCUGAUGUCAUAGUUUUCUCAGUUGUGUGUUGGUGUUACAUAAACUCUUCAGGUGACCAAGGGAUGGCCCUAUAUCGGCAUAUAACAUCAUCGAUUUCUACUUGAGCUGUUCUGGUA